CCCUAUGCUGGUGUAAUAUCUCAGACAGCUCAAGUCGUGAUAUGUGGUUCAGGUCAUUGGCGGCGAGUGCGUGCACUCUCGGUGUCUUCGGAGCUGUCUCGCAGAAAUUCGUUCCCAAUGCGCUCCAAGUCCUCGUGGUGGCGUAGUGACUCUCCUCAAUCCGGGUGGCGGAGGACGAAUCUCAGUUGCCUCCGCAUCUGAGACCGUCAAUCCGCGCAUCUUAUCACGUGGCUUGUUGAGCAUGUUACCACGGAGACCUAGUGCGUGUGGAGGCUCACGCUAUUCUCCGCAGCAUCCACGCACAACUCGCCAUGCACCCCACCGAGAGAGAACCACAUUAUAGUGACCACGAGGAGGUUACCCCAUGUGACUCUACCCUCCCUAGCAACCAGGCCAAUUUGGUUGCUUAGGAGACCUGGCCGGAGUCACUCAGCAUGCCCUGGAUUCGCAACUCCAGGAGUGGUAGUCAGCGACAAUAAUCGCUGAGCUACCCAGGCCCCCUCACCAUUGUAUUCUUUAUGAUUUAGUGGGUUGGACAUCAUUGACCAAUCGCAGACAACAGCAUUUGUAUGUUUUUAUCUAUAAAGAUAUACUAGGUAAACUUCCAGCCUACCUCUGUACAUUUCUCUGUCUCAGCAUUGGUAAUUAUCAACUGCGCUCUUCCAAGUGGUUGCUUCUUAAUGUACCAGGGGUUGUGACAGAUCUGGGGAAAACUGCAUUUUCCUACUAUGCUCCAUGGACAUGGAACAAUCUACAAUCUUGAAAUCAUCUCUGGUGGAACAGUCAGACAUGAAGGUAGAACUGCUGCCUGCACUCACUGACAAUUACAUGUACCUUCUCAUUGAUGAGGACACAAAAGAAGCUGCUAUUGUUGAUCCAGUGGAGCCACAGAAAGUUGUAGAUGCGGCCAAAAAGCAUGGCGUGAAACUCAAAACCGUCCUAACAACUCAUCAUCACUGGGAUCAUGCUGGAGGUAAUGAAAAGUUAUUGAAGUUAAUGCCAGGACUUACAGUGUACGGAGGAGAUGACAGAGUUGGAGCAUUGACUCAGAAAGUUACACACUACAACACUUUCAAGGUGGGCUCGCUAAAUGUUAAGUGCCUGUUUACGCCGUGUCACACCACUGGUCACAUCUGCUACUUUGUUACGAAAGAAAACCGCACCGAACCGCCAGCUGUGUUCACGGGGGACACUCUGUUUGUGGCCGGCUGUGGAAAGUUCUUUGAGGGAACAGCUGAAGAGAUGUACAAAGCCCUGAUAGAGGUUUUAGGCCGUCUUCCUCCAGAGACGCGUGUGUACUGUGGUCACGAGUACACCAUCAACAAUCUGAAAUUUGCACGGCAUGUUGAGCCAAAUAAUGAGGCCAUUCGAAAAAAAUUAGCAUGGGCCAAGGAGAAAUAUGACAAUGGAGAGCCGACCAUUCCUUCCACGGUGGCAGAUGAGUUCACAUUUAACCCGUUCAUGAGAGUGAGAGAGAAGUCGGUACAGGAGCACGCUGGGACCAGAGACCCGAUUGAGACCAUGAGGCGCAUCCGUAAGGAGAAAGACAGCUUUAGAGUUCCAAAGGAUUGAGCCCAUGUCAUCUCAGGCUCGUCUUUGCGUUAACCAUCUCCACUAUGAUUAUCACCGCUUGACAUUUUACUUACAAUAGCAGAACUUCAGGCAGACACAAGGCACAUGGAAACUCUAGCUGCAGUUACGUGCUUUCCCUUUAAAGCAAAAGCUUAUCUUCAUUCAUUUUUUUAAGGUCAACUAAUGGUCUAAAAUGAGCAAUACACAGGAUUGUUUACCUGUAUAACAAUGUAUGUAAAUGAUUGUUGCAAGCAAUACAUCUAAUCAAAACAAUGUUUAGAAUGUUUUCAAUGUUAAUUCGCAUCUAAAAGAAGUUCCGAUGCACUAGCUCUGAGUUAUAGGCUACAGUUGAUUUACGUAGGUUUACUCAAGUUCUAAUUUGGACAUUUCCAGGCUUUGACACUUUUCUGGAGGAUCCAGGCCAUGUUUGAUCCAACAUUAGAUUGUUAUAUUAUAGUCCCAUUUCAAAAUGUUUGUCUUAAUGUGUAAUGUGUUAUUUUGUAAAUCAAAAAGAAAUAUUUUAUAUUAUGAGAUGUUAUGGGGUUUUAUGAACAACUGUCAGUAAGAAGUGUUUCAACAAAAUAUGUAUUUUCAAAUCCAUCUCGAUUGUUUUUGAUUGAAUUGCUUUAAUUUUCAUUGUCUCUAGUUGAUUUAGAAUGUAGACCAUUUUGAACGCUGCAAAUACUCGUUUCAGCUUUUUUGUUUUGUUUUGUUUGAUCUAGCACUUUCCGUCAUCAAAAGUAAAAAAGGGAAGAUCUAAUUGUGUUCAAACUAAAUUAAAGUCUUAAAUGUAAACGUGACUGCUGUUUGCUUUUGUUUUAAAUAUAAUUUAAUAACAUUUUAAAUGUAUUACCUGUUUAUAUAUAAUAUAAACAAUGCAUAUUAUAUAUAUUUGCAAUAUUCUAACUGAAAACAAUGCAAACAUUAAAACUAUUUUUAUAACUAUU